AUGGCAACGUCUUCUCCUUCCUCCUCCAGUGUCAAUCAGGACACCAACCCAACAAAUUUACGACCUACAACCUAUGAUACCUGGUGUGGUGUGGCUCAUGGGUGCACGAAAAAAAUUGGACUAAAGAUUUGCGGCUUCUUGCAAAGGAACAAUAGUUUGGAAGAAAGGAGCAGAAUUGUAAGCUCCUUCAAGGAAAGACAGUCUUCCAAGAACCUCUUGGAUUGUGAAAACAUUGAAAAGGACUCCAGGUUUCGCCGAGCAGAGACUGACUUCUCCAAUCUCUAUGCCAGAGAUUUACUGCCUGCCAAGAAUGGAGAGGAGUCAACCAUGCAGUUCUUGUUGGAGGUGGUUGACAUUCUCUUAAAUUAUGUAAGGAAAACGUUUGAUAGAUCCACCAAAGUACUAGACUUUCACCAUCCUCACCAGCUUCUGGAAGGGAUAGAAGGAUUCAACCUGGAGCUGUCAGACAACCCAGAGUCUCUGGAGCAAAUCUUAGUGGAUUGUAGAGAUACACUCAAAUAUGGUGUAAGAACAGGUCACCCUCGCUUCUUCAACCAACUAUCAACUGGACUUGAUAUUAUCGGUUUGGCUGGAGAAUGGCUGACAUCAACUGCCAAUACAAAUAUGUUUACGUAUGAGAUUGCUCCAGUUUUUGUCCUUAUGGAACAAAUAACUCUACGGAAAAUGCGAGAAAUAAUUGGUUGGACAGAAAAGGAAGGUGAUGGAAUAUUUUCUCCUGGGGGAGCUAUAUCCAAUAUGUACAGUAUUAUGGCUGCACGCUACAAGUACUUCCCUGAAGUGAAAACCAAAGGCAUGGCUUCUGUUCCCAAACUGAUCAUCUUCACCUCAGAGCAUAGCCAUUAUUCCAUGAAGAAAGCUGGAGCUGCCCUGGGAUUUGGAACAGAGAAUGUGAUAUUGGUAAAGUGCAAUGAAAGAGGGAAGAUGAUUCCUGCUGAUUUGGAAGCAAAAAUCCUUGAAGCUAAACAAAAGGGAUGUGUUCCACUCUAUGUCAAUGCUACAGCGGGAACAACUGUGUAUGGGGCAUUCGACCCACUAGACGACAUAGCAGAUAUAUGUGAAAAGUACAAUCUCUGGAUGCAUGUAGAUGCUGCAUGGGGAGGUGGACUACUUAUGUCCAGAAAGCACCGUCAUAAAUUGAAUGGAAUAGUGAGAGCUGAUUCUGUCACGUGGAAUCCUCAUAAGAUGAUGGGCGUCUUGCUUCAAUGUUCUGCAAUUCUCUUGAGGGAAAAGACUGGAAUCCUACAAGGUUGUAACCAGAUGUGUGCAGGUUACCUGUUUCAGCAAGACAAGCAGUAUGACAUAUCAUAUGACACUGGCGAUAAAGCAAUUCAGUGUGGUCGCCAUGUGGAUAUUUUCAAAUUCUGGUUAAUGUGGAAAGCAAAGGGUACAGAAGGAUUUGAAGCACAGAUCAACAAAUGCUUGGAACUGUCUGAGUAUUUGUACUCCAAGAUCAAUAAUCGGGAAGAGUUCCAAAUGGUGUUCAAAGGAGAGCCUGAACACACAAAUGUCUGUUUCUGGUACAUCCCACCAAGUCUACGGGGAAUGCCUAACUGUGAGGAGAGACAAGAAAAAUUACACAGGGUGGCUCCAAAAAUCAAAGCUCUGAUGAUGGAAUCUGGAACAACAAUGGUGGGAUAUCAGCCCCAAGGAGAUAAAGCCAAUUUCUUCCGAAUGGUCAUUUCAAAUCCAGCAGCUACUAAAUCUGACAUUGAUUUCCUAAUUGAAGAAAUUGAGAGACUGGGUCAGGAUUUGUAA